GGUGGGUGGAAAAGGGGAGAACGAUCGCGCGCGAAAUCGAAAAAAUGAAAACUGUGAAAAAUCGUAUCAUACGGCGCGCGUGGGGAUAAAAUUCUUCCUCCACAAUUCUUUAUUCUUCUCAAGAGUAAUGGUCAUUCUGACACGUUUCUGCUCUGACACGUCUUGCCGGCGGGGGAUCCCUGUAAUAUUACGGACGCGUCGAAGGCUUGGGCACGUUUCUGGUCUCCCGAGCGCGCCGGGGAUAUCCGUCCACGUGCUGCAUAUCCGCCGUCCUGAGCAUAUCCCCUUCGUUCGCUCUUCCUACGUUCCUCACGCGCUGUCUCGCGAGAGCCAAAUGACCCACAUACGUCGAAUUAUGGUCCCGCGGUUUCACCGCCGGCGAUCCACGGAUUUCCGCCGCGUCGAUAAGAAGACGGACGUUCCGUUACCUCGUUCAUCUAAUCCGACUUCCUGCGCCUGAGGUGCCGGCCUGAUAAGCGGUCUUCCGAUAAGAGGAACGUACUUUGUACGGCGAGUCGUAAUACUCCCAACUCCGCGUAAAAAUUGUAAGAGAGACACAAAUCUCGAUAAAUCGAUGAAUUAAGAUAAGACUGGUCAUUAUACUCAUUUGUUAUGAUGCAAUAAAACGUUUAGCUUGUAAGAAUGCAUGCGCACACUGAAACGAGAUAGAAAGAUUAAUUGUGUGAGAUAAAAAAAUCUGGUCUUUAAAAUCAUCGUUAAACUCUUCUCUUUUCUCUUUCUAUCUCCAACACGUAUAGAGAAAGAGGUUUUAAUAGAGUGCAAUCCUGUAGUAAAUUAUUAUCAUAAAAAUGAAUAAAUAGGAACGCAGGAAAGAGAAUGAAAUGAAAUCCAGUAAUUACAUUAACAGCGGCUGUUAUUUUCAAGAUUACAAAUUCAUCGUUACACCAAACAAUUUCCUAUAGGUAGCAUUUUAAAUCACCCACGUUUUGCAGGUAAUUACAACGCGUACCGAGGCACAAGGCGAUCAUUAUCGGUUACGUGAUCCGUUAUGCACCGCGGGCUCGAAAGUGCAACGUGGCGCAAUCGAUAUCACUUAGCAGGCGGCGGGGUUCUUUUACCGUCCCCUCUCGUCGAGGAAUCCGCACGGAGGACGACGCGGAAAAACUUUCCCAGAACGUGGAAGAUUAGGCGAGGUGGCGUCAAACGUGGCCAGUCGAUUAGACUCCCCGUGGGAGUCGUCGACGACGAUCGAUCGUUCCCGGAUUCAUCGACCGAAAGGUGAUUCUCGCGAGAGGAACGGCACGACGACUCGCUACAGCGUCGCCGGAUUAGUGCAUUUUCCUCGAGCUGCGACGACUACGCAAAGUCCCUUGUUUGAACUGGCAUUCGUCUAAUACUCGCGCGUUUAAUGUAAAACGCCGUCUCGACAACGUCGUCGUCGCCGUCAUCGCAGCUCGAGAAAUUCGUAGCUCCCGCUCGCCGUCUCUUAUUUACAGAAUCCCCCCGCGACGAAACGCUCUGUCGUUCUUACCGGUGGCUCCGCUUUAUUGUGCGAGCCCGUCGGCGCGAGACUACCGUCUGCAAGCAAGAUGUAAACCCGCGCUCUUUAAGAGAGCGUGACGAACGGAGACAGCACACGGAGAGACGCAUUCCGUUGCACCGUUGCAUAGCCGUUGCUCCUCCGAAUGCGCGCGAACGUACAUAAAAUUAACGGCGAUGUUUCUAGACUUUGCACGACGAAUUUGUAAGAUUUAAAAGAAAAAGAUUUUUUUAUCUCAUGGCAGAUAAGAAAUACGGGAACGAUAGAAUGCGUCAUAUUGUCCCCUUAAUUGUUUUUCAUCAAAUAAUUUUUAGCAAAUAUUACGAUCAGAUAUGACUCUCUAAUGAAAAAAUUAUUCGUUCGUAUCGUCUCCCGAUCAUCUUUUAUAAUUCUUUCUUUUUAUUCAUAAGUAGUCGAGUUAUAGAUUUUACGUUUAAUAACGAAACUUUAAGGUGUUGUGUUAUUUGGUCUGUUCGAAACAUCCUUCAAUACAUGACAGAAUCCUGUCACGAUUGAGAGGGCACCACUGUGCAGGCAGGUAUAAGGAUCCUUCGAAUAAUGUCCCUGACUCGAAGGACGUCAAACUGGAUCGGCCACGAAACAUGAUACGUAGAAGGUUAAUCCCAACCCAAAGUCUACUAUGAGACUGUUUUUUUUUUGUGAAGAUUCUAAGACUCUACGAAAAAAAUCAGAGUCAACCUCGAACGAUAAUAUGAUAUUCUUAUAUAAUUCGACUCUUUCCACUUUAUAUGAAUUAAUAAAAGAAAAACAAAUACAGAGGUUUAGACGCGACAUAAAAUUUACAGAGGUUCACGACACUUGAUCGUCUUCAUAACUACACCAAAUCUCGGAAGGAAUCCAUAAUAUUUAUAUACGAUGGAAAAAGUAGGCAUAAUUUCUUAUCGGUCAAACUCCUAAGCAAAAAUUCCACUGGCCAGUGUAGACGAUGAAAACAAGUAAAUAUUUUCUAUAUAAGCCAAAUCCAACAAUCAAGGAAUCGUGGGGAUAACAACGGGCCUUCCCACAGCCCGAAACCCGAGAGGACGACUCGGAGCAGCGUACAAAUUCGAGCUCUCCAACCCAUCGUCCCCUCCUCCCCUCUCGUACGUCGAGAGAGGACGAAAUUCCCCGCCCGUUCCCCUCACCCUGUAUCCUUUUCGCCCUCCCGUGGGUUUUGUGUCCGGCACCCUCGUGAAAGGAGUCCCGCCACACGCACUCAAAGAAAGGAGAAGAGUCGGUCGACUCGGAGAAGAGAAGUGCGGCAGAAGGGGAUCGCCAACCCAGUGUGGCACAUGGUGGGGUAGUUUGUAGGGUAGGGUGAGUCGUGGCGGUCUUGGUGGGAGCGAGCGGCCGAGGCUCGAAGCGACGGACGAUCGUACGGAGCAACAGUGUGCCGCGCGCGGCCAUGAAGCGAUGGUCGUUCUUAAUGAGACAUAGAACGGGGGAGAGAGAGAGAGAGAAAGAGAGAGAAAGAGUGUGUCUGUGUUCGCGACGAUGCCACUCGAGAGUCUAGAGCGAUUUAGAGCGUCGCACGCCGCGAGAACCGACCUGAAUCGCGGGUGUUGAGUUUCGUAGCGUCCUCGACUGGAUUUUGCAACACCGUCAAUCGACUGGAGUAACACAGUGAGAUAAACAAUCAACAUCUUUAAUAUUCCUCGUGUUAAAUCUAGUGAGUGAGAACUUGGCAGGAGCCUCGUUAUUGGGAAGAGUAUUUCGUGCGGCGGAAAGGAAAGUGCUGAGGUUCGCCGAGGUGAGCGUGAAAAUUGAGUGAAGGCGAAAAUAGUGAGGUGAUACGCGGGCGAAAAACAACCGAGGAGCAGGAGCCUCGUGCGCCGCAGAUCGAGUGCCGAAAACUCGCGAUCGUGAACGCGAACGCGGGAUCUUUCCGACGAGACUCGCAUCGCCCGACGUGCCCGCCGCCGAUAUCGCGAGGUGGAAGCUGAGGAGAUCGGUGCCUUUUCGACUGGAUCUUCCCCGCCGCGAUAAGAAGAAGAAGUUUACAUCCCUUCCCAUCGACAAUCCAGUGAAUUUCGCCAAUUUCGACCCGGUUGUGAAACUCAUUCGAGAUCGUCCACAUCCGGACGGUGAUCUUCCAAAUUCUCGCGGAGCAAGCAGAAAGGAGCAACAGCAACACGCUGCAAGGUGGAUUACGAGAUUUCCGUGUGGAAAACCACGUUUCGGUGCCUUCGACGACGCGGCUCUUCUCAGGGUAAAAGAAUACGGUCGAGCUCGAAAAGAGUUGCAAGUGCAUUUGACGGGCGAGAGAGAGCUUCGGGAGUUCCGUCGCGAGUGAGACCAGUAGACGAUUUUUUUUCUUCGUCUUUUCCAAGGGCAAGCGAGAAACUGCCGACGCUUCGUCGCCGGUGGGGGGUUUACUGACCUCAGCGACCACGGAGUUGGCGACUGCCCUUCGCGACGACGAAGGGAGGCGAAGACUUAGACGGCCCUUUGUGCCGACUUGAACAACGUCUCGCGACACUGCAAACGAGGCGGAAUUACCUUCCUCGGAACUGCAUGUGGCUGCCGCAUGCGGCUUUUCACGUCUCGCUAUAUCGUCCGCGGAGAUUCAUCAUCAGCUUCGAAGAGCUCGCUCGCGCUCGUCCAGCAGCUUUGGUAGUGGGAUCUUAGUCGGUAGCGAUUUCACGUGUGAGGCUCGACGAAUGUGGAAUAUCGCCGAGUGAAGUGCCGUGCGAUUAUUUAGUGUUAUCAGCUGAUUCGUGUGACAGGUCGCGAGGAUCGCGAAUCCCUGUCACGCCGCUCGUGAAAAGGUGUCGCACGAGCGGAGUCAAGCGCACGGAAAAUCAUCCGCGACAGAGAUGCGCUCGUAGCGAAUCGUCGACUUCGUCACCGCAGUCGUCGCAGCCGGAUUUCUAAGCACGCUGAGGUGGAGGAUGGAGGAGCUGGAGACGCUGGAGAGCACGGAGUGCCCGGAGUGCCCCGGGCCGCCCCCUGAGUUCCGGUUGCCGCCACCUCCCCGGCCGCCCUUCCUCACCGAGGGCACCUUCUGCUCGGAAUCACCCCUCGCCGAGCUCGAAGACUGCGUUGCUAUCCCGAUGAUCGACGCUUCCUACCACACAAAUCCGUCGUUGCAAAGCACUGCCCUAAUCAUCACCUGCGCGGUGGUCCUUCUGCUAAUGGCUGCGAUUGUGUCCGUCGUUUUCUGGAAGCACAAGCGGAAAGUGCAGAAUUUGCUGCCAUGCAAGAGCGCAGCAGGCGCGGCGGCGGUUGCUGGACGGAGUCGCGUGCUGCCAGACGGCCAGCCGCAUUCGGGCCCCGGCAUUGGCGGCGGCGGCGGCGGCGGCGGCGGCGCCGGCGGUGGCGGCGCCGGCGGCGCCGUUCUUUACGAGGACCUACAGGAUCACGCGAUGUCGCAUUCACAGCUGCACAAUCACCUGCCGACGAGCCACGGUCAGGCGCCGACGAUCGAGAUGCUGGACGUCAAGGACGGCGGAAGAGGGGUGUUCGUCUGCAGCAGCCCCGGUCCUGAUCCUUACACAUCGCAGGACCUUUAUAAUCCUGUCUACGAGGAGCUCAGCAACGGGGACCAUCCGGAGACGGACGAGGAGAGCGAGUUGAACGCCCGCAAUCGUCUGCAUCAUCAUCACCAUCAUCACCGUCACCAUCACCGCACAUCCAGCGCGUCCAAGCCGGUGAGCGAGGACGAGUUCGCCGAGGACGAGCUGUCGGUGGGCGAACCAUCGGAGGCGAGGAUGCUCACUUCGAGCAGCGGCCCCACCUGGGGUACGUGCCCGGCUGGUGGCAGGCCACCGCGUGAACGACGCGGCCGCAGCCCCAGGAGCCUCGAUCGACGCAGACGAGACAAGAACCACGACAUGGGCGAGUUCCACGAGGGCAUGCUGCUGGACGCCCUGCUUCAGCUCUAUCCUAGCGUCGCAGGCGUGGCCGGUGCCCGAACAGGCACCGGCAGCACCCAACGUCAGCAGUCCGUCCCGUCGGUGGCGCACAGGUUACCGUACUUCAUGCCGCCCUUGCCGGCUGCGCAGGCUCCACGGCUCGAGGAGAACCCCUACGAGAGCGUGCCGGUGCUGGGACCCCUGCAUCGUUACUCCAGCCAGAACAGGAGCGGCAAGGAGCGUUCGCGCAACGGCAAGUCCGGCAACGACAAGUACAAGUACCUGUCGUCACAGCAACAAUACGGCAGCGACUACUAUGGUCUGCAGGGUCAAUCCGACGUUACGACGCCGCUCUACACGCAGGUGGGCGGCGAGUAUUCGGAUACGUACUCGCAGCCGACCGAUCGGCUGUUCAACGACGACAAGUACAGUCAGCCGGUGUAUUACACGAACUCGACUCGGGAUUCGACGUGUGAUCAGGUGAAUAAUGUUGGUCGACUGUACCAGGGUCAACCCGACAGCAGUUUCGGCAGUGACAGCGGUUACAGCCAUCACACAUCUGGCACCACCGGUACCACCGGCACCACCGGCACCCGCGGCAGCAACUCUCGGACGAAUCAUCGCAGGGAUAAGCAACGAAACUCUCACCACUCGCAUCAUUCCGCGGACUACAUCGUGUCCUAAUGGAGGACCGAUGACAUCUCUGAAGAUUUUCCUAGAGAUGUGCUCUCGAUAAGAAGAGAGAGAAAGACAGAGAGACGAGGUGAAGUCUCGUUUCUGUUAUACUUUUGUCACGAUGUGGCUGAUACCCAUCGAUCGCGCUCGUUAAUCGGAAGAGCGGCUGACGCCGAUUCGGCUGUGCUGAACUGCUGUAUUUUGAUACCUUGAUGUCCACAGUUAAGAGUCAAUAAAGGUAAUCUUGUCGCUUCGGCGAAUCGAGUCGCGACGUUCGUGUCGAACGAGACUCGAUCGUCAAAGCGACGAGGAGACCCGCGAGCAAGUGACGAUUCGGACUUGACGAGAGAAACCCAGUGAUCUCUUAGUGAUUUAUACAUAUAGCCGAUACGCAAGACUAUCUAAUAAAUUUAUUUGUAAUGAGACUCAGGCUGGUACCAAAGGACGCUAACGAUUACUUUUACCUUUUUAGUCGAAUCCUUUGUAAUUUAUACACGUAGAGAAAAAGCGUUAACCGCGGAACGAGCCGACCUCGACCUCGUCCUCGUCGUGAUGUCGUCGCCCGCAAAUCGUGCGACUACCAAUCGCGAAGAGCUACGAAGUACCAAAAUUACCCUAGGCGAUCAGUCCUAUCGCACUUUCAAGCAAUUCACAGUUUUAUAAAUUAGAUAAACUUCCGAAAAAUGUUCGAAGUCGAAACCCGCCGAAUCUGCGGAAAAAUUUGCAAAUCUGUUUAUUCUAAAACGUAAGAUAAAAUUUGAUACUCUUAAAGUCGAGAAUAGCCAUCUAAAUCCAAAAUUUAAUUUGUCAAGGACGUGUCAGGUGUUUCUAGGCUAAAUAAAUGAGGUAGUUUAAAAUGAACGACGCACAAAUUGCAAAAUGAGCGGAUCUCGAUUACGAGCGUUUUGCUCCCUUAAUUAACCGAUCCACUGCCAGUCCUAUAUCCUAAACAGUCGGACGUGUUCAGCCGACCGGCCAGUUUCGUACAAACUUUGAUACUUUGAAACGUGUAAUUUUUGGCCCGCCCUCGGAGUAGCGGAUCCGAUCACGCAUACAUAGUAGGAAACAUUAGUUAGUACCAGGCGGUUAUCUAGUCCGAUAAUAAUCACUUUCCGUAGCCUCGUCGAGACGACGUGAAGUGACACCCAUGCACGCCGAUGAUAGUCUUGAGAUGUAAUAAUAAAUGCACGAACACGUAGAUUAAUGCCGAGUUCUCAAAUUACCUAUAGGCGAGAAGGUAAAACGAUGUGUGCACGUUAGAUUCUAAUCAAUCAAUUAAAUUGUGAUAAAAUCAUUGUUCUGUUUUCUGUUACAUCCUCACAAAAUUUUCUAUUUACAAAAGACAAUAUUUAUACAAUGUAUUGUUAUAUAAUAAAACUGUAUGAUAUAAGCGAUAUAUUUCGGAUCACAAAUAUAUUCCUCAGCCUUUUAAAUUGGCGAAAAGUGUCGCAUUCCAAAAUAAAAUAUCUCAUGAUUAUGAAGUAUUAUUACUAAUCUGUCCAGUCAAAUAAAAUAAAAUUAAUUCAAUCUUACUUUCAAACGUGAAAUUUCCGCUUUAUUUAAAUAAAUUUUUCAUCAUUAUUUAAUUCUACAUGGCAAAUAAAUCGACGCGGUAUAUACAAAAUAUGUAAAUCCCAAAAUUGAUUUAAUUAGAUUUUAACGUGCAUACAAUUUCAAGGACUAUAGAUACCACAUAUAUUAUUACUAUCAUUGUUACACUGCCGCUAAAUGCACAUAAAUAUUCGCGCUUUCACGACCGGAAAUUUUUGGGCGCGCGCGCGCGCGAGCCUAUUAUUUUUGUAAUCUCAUCGCGAAAAUGUAGAAUUGUAAAAUAUCGCUUAAUAAGAAGUAGGGAGCAUGAGAAAUUUUAUUCCCGAGGAGAGUACUCUUACUUGCUCUAAAAGAUUCUCCAAUGAAGCUCGAUUUACAGUACAACUCAUAUCGUUUGUUCCGAAUCGAAAGACUCCUGAUGAUCUUUGUAACAAUCCUUUUUCCCAAACUGGCAAUAGCUCUUUCUCGAUCGCCAAUCGCGUUCUCUCGAAACAGAUGCCAGAGGCGAGAUAUCAUGAUCACGCUAACGAAAUCUCGAUAUUGUUAAUAAUGUAAUGGAGAACGUGUUGUUAAUAACGUAACGUAUUAGGAAAUUCAUGAGCCACAAUUGCGGCACGCUCGUAACUCCCAUUCCAUUCCAAAUCGCCGGCUUUAUUGCGGACAAAUACGGCCGGACAACUCCGCGAAUGCGGUCCAAAUUACUAGUGUGCAUUAUUAAACAUAUUAUUAUCACGAUCGGGUAAAAGCGCCUUUAUGAACGAUCCUUGAUCGGUAGUCGCACGACUCGCGGGUUUGCGGAUUGCGACAAACCGACGUUGAUUUGUUCCUCCGGAUGUCACUUCGUCUCGUUAUCGAUAAAUACAAAAUUAAUUUUGCAAGAUUUGGUAGCUGUAAUUUUAUCCAAAGAACGAAACGCCUUUGAAGAAUCGCGGUGAAGAAUCAAGCUAGUCACAAAACGUAUCUGCAUGUUAGACAAAUCGAAAAAAUAUUGUGAUGUAGAAAUACUGACAUGCUUUUUUUUACGUCGAAACAAAGUGACAUCGCCGAGGUACAAGAGCCUGAGGUUCAAGCUUUUGGUACACUUCGAGAUAGACCAAAGCGAAAGCGGGACGCGAAAAAGAAAGAGAGAGUGAGAGGGAAAGUGCUAGACUAUACAGGCGCACAUUAGUACACCGUAUAAAUACCGCUAUCCCUUAUAUACAUACCGCAUGUGUAAGAAAGUAAACGGUAAUCGACGAGCAAUGUAAAUAGAAAACCGGGAGGAGAGGUACUCCACUCGCGUGUAGCAUAGCUGUACCAUAACGAUAUCGUUACCGAAAUCUUUUCCCGUGCGUGUGCGCAUACAAGAACGAGAAAAAAAGAUUGAAAUUUAAUAUAUAUAUUAAAAAAAGCUAUGUAUAGAGGGAGACGCGAGAGAAGAGAUUAUAAAUACGAAUAUAAUUUUUAAAUUAUUUGUAACGGCAGGCGCGCGCGUCGCGAUCAUGGCGACAAAGAUAGGAAAAGGAGAAUUCACUGUAUCUUUCCUUUUCGGAGCGAGAGGGACGAGUUUCACAGGAAGUAGGUGCCGGAAGAAGGCCUCUGGAGUCCUAUCGGGCGUCGCAAGCCUCCCUCUCGCUCCUCGAAAUAGUGCACGCUCUCUUUUUAGACGCGCCUAGACGCGAAUACCUCAACAUACAAAGAAAUAAUUGCUCUGUUGUAAAUAUAAUUUUAUAUGUACGAGCCGGCGAAAGAUUACGGUGGUUUGCGCGAUCGACAACGGCAAAGUUGCCGUGAACAUUAAGACUUCGAAGGCUUCAAAAUAAUGAUAUUAUUAUUGAAAAUAUAAACUUAGCCCUUGUUUAUCGAAAGAAUCACAUUCUAUAUCUGUUUAUUAUAUUAAAUCGUUAUAAAUGAAUUAUUUCGAAAUAUACUAGUCAAUGACGAAGCUGAUGCAAUUAUUGUUGCACCAGAUCACUCGAUUCGUGAAAAUACAUUUGCGAUAGUUUGAACUCUAUCUCCAAUACUUUCAUAGCCAUUUAUUUAGGAGAAUGAAUAUUUAGAGUUUGGGUGUUCAAAAAAUUUAUAUAAAGUGAAGGCGUUAUUGGCAAUUUUGAAUUUUUAAAAAUGUCCCGUUAAAACCUUUGCAGUGAUGCAGUAUCGAAACGAUGCAUGUAUACCGUUUAAUGAUAACUCACGUAAAUCGAAAAUCACACGGCGCGGCAACUAUCCGUGUUUUUAUACGGAAAAAUCGAUACGCGCGAGUUUGCAUUUUACCUCGGCAGCAAUUUGUUGAUCGCGCAACGCCGCCGUUAAUGUUACGCUAAUCUAACGCUCCCGAAAGUCGUGCUCUCGAAUGUCGAAUCUUAAAUUAUCCUAGAUGAUAUAAUGUAGCAGCAGAGCAAUAAUGUACAAUUAUAAUUCGAGAGAGAUAUGUUUCAGUCUUUUUUUAUUAUCGUUAUAUCUUUUAAGUGCAUUAUGCAUAAUGCAUCUCCGCACCUUCGUCAGCUUAAGGCUAAUCAAACUGGUUCAUCGCUGAUUAUAUUCUUGCAUUCUUCAGCCUUGACAAAUUGCUAAAGAUUUUGGCAAACAAGCUAAAUUAAUUGGGAAAGUGCGAAAUAAUCGAAUAAUUUUGUACUGAUUUAAUUUAAAGGGACGAAAAGUUAUUUCUUUCGUCGAUGCGCGGAUCUUCGACUUUCUUGCGACGAACUACGAGCAGCUCACCAGUAUUAUUUAAUUAACUAAUUUAUUAACGGGUUAACGAAUCGUACCGAAGCGACUUUGCAAAUUGCGUUGCCAGAGCUCAUUUGAACUCGAAGAAGAGCUCUCUUAGCCAGCAGCGAAAUUUCUGACUAGCCAAUUAGCUCGAUUUCUUAAAUUAGACUAAGGCAGCUCUCAUCGUUCCUCAGGAAGUGUAUAUUCGAGCCGAAUAAAAUAAUAUUAAUAACCGAGAGCAUGACUGGCGAGGGCGGAGGCGAGAGAAUGAAGGUGUACAGUGUGUACUUAUCACAAGAGUCACGCACGAUCAAAAAGAAACACUGCAUACAAUCAAAGUGCGCGCACGACGCGAAUAUGUCAGGCGAUUCGAAGAUCAAGAGAAAGAGAAAGAAAAAGAGAAAGAGAGAGAGAGAGAAGAAAUGCGUGGGAAAGAGUAAACGAAAGGCGGAUCGGAGUUAUACGCUUUUGUAUCUUAUUGCGUCCACGUUAUAAUUGAAUGUUUCGCGAUGUUGUUUUAUCUUUUUUUUUUCUUUUGUGCAUAGCUUGUAUGAUACGUGCAACGGAGAUCUAAGUUAUUAUUGUUCUUAUUUUUAAUGGGGAAACACGGAAAUCCCGGGUCGAGAGAUCCUCGUUACGGGGGUCACGAUUAAUCGUUGCAUAUCGAGUGUAAUGGGCGAGCGAGCGAAGUGCAAAACGAACCAUGCGUGAUCCGAAAGUACGCGAAUACGUUGAUAAUAGGAUAACAGAGAUGCAAAGAGGAUGCGAUCGUGAACUAUUUCUGAUCUACCAUUUGAUUCUUGUGCACUUGCAAAAAUGUUCGGCAAAUGUAUAUCUCGAAUUAAACUCUCUGUGGUAUAAAAUUUGAUUAAAAAAAAGAUUAAUUUCAAAAAAUCAAUAUUCUCAAUUAUCUAUACAAAAUUUGACUUGACAAGUGUAUGAAUCGGUAGCGUGCGAUUUUUUAUGUUGAAUUGUCGAUAUUUUGUAUAUCAUUUUAUUAUGUACAUUGUACAUAAAUUGCAGAAUCAAGCAUGAGUCGUUUCGUGUAUAUACGUCGACGAACGUUUGAUUUGUCAAAUCGUCUUUCGUUCGCCAUCAGGAUACUUAAUUGUUAUUCCGCACUAUGUGCGCGAGGAUAGCGAGCUUUAGCUCCAAAACGUGAAUGAGAGAGAGAGAGAGAGAGAGAGAGAGAGAGAGAGAGAGAAACGAAGAGGAUUGAAGGGAAAAGAGACGAGAGAAAUAAAGAAGAGAAUGCACGAACGAAAGUUAGAAAAUAGAGAACGUUUCUUUACCUUUCGAACGCGUAUACGAGUCGCGAAAUUAUUAUUAUUUAUUGUUGCGUUCUACGAGGAGACGGGGAGGAGGAUCAGUCUCCCUCCGUCGCUCCUCCUCAGCAGCCCACUCUCCCCAACCAUUUUGGUACCGCCGUUUUUUUUUAGCGGCGGUUUUAGCGCUGUAGGCAGAACAAAGGACACAAUAACAUAGGCACUAGAGUACCUCGAGAGGAGGUAACAAGUAGCAUCUCUUUGAAAGUUAGCUCGCACGGGCGUUCCGCCCUUUCGUUGCGCCGGGGACGCUCAGGAAUAAUGACCAAUCGAUGCUCUAGAAGCGCGCAGUUUUAGAUUUCAAGAUCUCUUUCGUGUCGAGACACUCUCCAAUUUUGGAAAACAAAAUAUACAAAAUUACAUAAUCGUAUUUUGCAUUAAAUACACGUGUUUUGCACUAAAUAGACUGUGUGUAUUUCCAUUAGACUUCCACUUAAAUUACACAUAAAAAAAACAUAUCAAACGCGAUUGUCUGAUUCUCAUCUUCGAUACAUCAAAUCAGCGUAAUUUAUUAAAAGAAUAAAUUCAAAAGUUACAAUUUAUUUUUACGCUCAAUGUCAGACGUAACUCAAUUCGAUCCCGAAUUUACUUGCUCGACACGAAAAUCGCGGCACUGAAAAUCGUGGCCGUAUUCAAAUUUUUACUCACUCGUUUUAUCACACAUCUCGUUUCAACGUUGAUUAAAUCUCCGCCUGGUCCGAUCUAACUUCGCCAACAAUUCAGCUCGAAUUACUAGUCGAGGGUUAACGCGAACGAUCUGGUCAACGCGAAAUCCCAUCGGUGAAGUUCGGUCGGACUACGGUAAUCCAAUCGGAUGCGCGGGUAUUCGGUAUCAAUAGCGCUGAGCGUCCCGAGUUUCACCGUGCGGGUGGUGGACUCGAGGGGCCGGUUCCUAGGCGAGGGAGUAGACCCUCGCGAAGAAUCGGUCCCCGAGCUCGCGGCGACGACGAAAAGGCGCAGCACCAGCUCGCAGAACAGGGUAACUAGCUCUAACACCUAUCUCUUACGUCAGCUAAGGAACAAGAAAAGCUCUGUCACACUCGUUCACGUCACGGUAUCACACCGCCGCGGUCUGGCAUUUUUAAUCAGGAAAUGUCGGCCGAGGCGGCAAUCUCGAGACACUAUCACACACCUUCGUACUAAUAAACGAUUUACUAUUCGAUUUCA